AUGGUUGAUCCAUACAUCGUCAGUGGGGUGUCGUACCCGAGCCUGUUUGCCUUCUGUUGCUCUUCGGCAUUAAUCUACAUCUUGGUAAUUGGAAUUUACCGCCUGUACUUCCACCCACUCGCCUCGUUCCCCGGCCCGUUCUGGGCUCGCUUGUCGGUGAUCCCGUCCUGGUGGCAUACUCGUACAGGUGAUAGACACAUCUGGCUGCAUAGUCUUCAAGAAAAAUACGGCCCUGAGUUUCGUUAUCGCCCAGACAGUGUCGUGUUAAACACGCCUACUGCGUUUAAGAAGAUAUUCGGACCGAAAGGCAACGUCAGGAAGAGUGACUACUACCGCGUUUGGCCACGCAAUGUUCACUCGAUCAACACUUGGAGCAGCACAGCUAUCAAUGUUCAUGCUCGCAAGCGCCGCGUGCUGAACUACGCAUUUUCCGAGGCUGCUUUGCGUGAUGCCGAAGUGUUUCUUCAUUCGAACAUGGACCGAUGGCUGGAGCUGAUAGGACAACAAGCAACAAAGGAUGGUGAAUGGACGACACCUAUCAACAUGUGUGACUGGAUCAACUGGCUCGUCUUCGAUAUCCUUGGUGACCUGUGCUUUGGUAAGAACUUUAAUAUGAAAGAACCCGAAAGCGACCUUCGCCAUAUCCCCGAAAUCAUGGCCACAUUUUUGGAAAUCCUCCACGCAACUGCCUUCAGCCCAUUUGCUGAUUUGUGGGUAUGGCUGAAGCCCCGAGGCCUUGAUUGGCUCCUUUCAGUAGCAUCACCGCCAGCCGUUGUAAGAUGGCAAGACUUCAUCGCGCAGUGUCUCGAGAACCGUUCUCGUGACGAGAAAGAGUUGGAAAUGAACCCAAAGCCUGAAGGAGAAGUCCGAAAAGACUUCUUCCAUUGGCUGUUCAACGCUGUUGACCCUGAGACUGGAAAGCGUGGCUACGAUCUGAACGAGCUGUUUGCUGAGUGCGAGCUACUGACAAUCGCAGGCUCUGACACAACCUCUGUCGUAAUGUCUGCUGCUUUCUUUUACUUAGCAAAGCAGCCAGCAAUUCAGGCCAAGAUUGCUCAGGAGAUUCGAUCCAAGUUUGCAAGCUACGAUGAGAUCAGGUCUGGCACUAAACUUAUGUCCUGUACCUAUCUCACAGCAUUCCUUCAAGAAGCCAUGCGAAUGACCCCGCCACUUGCCGCAGAGCCAAGCCGACAGGUCCUUCCAGGCGGCACUACUGUCGACGACCAUUACUUCCCCGCUGGUGUCCAUGUAAGUACUGGACUUUAUUGUCUCAGUUACAACUCGAACGUGUAUCCCGAGCCCUUCAAGUUCCGCCCCGAACGCUGGAUUGUGGACGAGUCUGGAAAGGAAGGAUCUUCAGCAGAAAGCGUAGCUUUGGCCGACAGCGGCUUCUGUGCCUUUUCCUUUGGAACCCGUGGCUGCGUUGGGAAGAAUCUCGCCUGGCUUGAGAUGCGUCUCGUUCUCGCAAAGACGCUCUGGAUGUUCGAGGUGCAAGGGGUCCCGAAUAACAAUCUUGGUGGGGGUGACCGGAAUGCUUCGCCCGGGCGACAGGUGGAAGAUCAAUACCAAAUCUACGACAUGUUUGUGGCUAACAGAAAAGGCCCGAUGGUCCAAAUGAGAAAGAGGCAGUGUUAA